CGGCUUUCGGCUUUCUUUCUGUAUACGGCCUAAUGGGAUGACUCCGAUGACUCCAAGAUGACUCAUAAUAUAAAUACUCUUUGGCAUGACUCAUGUCACUGUCAUUCUUAAAAAACAAAAAGCGAUCAGACAAGGCGAGUUUCUUUAGCGGCAUUUUAGCGAUGGCAGAUCCAAGAAUUCGGCAAAUCAAAAUAAAGACGGGCGUGGUGAAACGCAUCGCAAAAGAGAAGAUUGUUUACGAAAAAGAGGCGGAACAGCAAAAAGUCAGGGUACAAAAGUAUAAAGACGAGGGACAGGACGAACAUAACAUUCGCAAACAAGAAGAAGUGUUGCAGGAAUCUCUGAUGAUGGUCCCUGACUGCCAAAGGAGAUUAGUAAAAGCAUAUGCUGAUCUUAAAUCAACUUUAGAAUCUGAACAGGAUCUCAAAGAAAACGAAGACUACAUUGCAGCUGAACAAGUAUUAAAAGAAGCUGAAUGUCAAUUGCCAGAAACUGUUGCAUCGUAAUCAUAUUUUGUACUCUUUUUAUUGCUAUUAGUAUAUUUUAAACUUAUAUUUUCGCAAUCAUGUCUUACAACCAUAAUUUUUAUAAUGAUCAAUCAUAUGGAAAUCAAUUUACAUUCCAAAGCAAUUUUCGGCCACCAUUUAUUCCGCCACCUCCUCCACAACCCAGGUUUUAUAUGCCACCACCUGUGGUCACGCAGGCACCUGUUCCAAACAUAAUAUCCGACCAGGAUUUUGUUAAUAAUUUUAUGAAUGGGUUUGCUGAGGAAAAGAAAGCUAAAAAACCUAAAUAUGUAUCUAUUCAUCAAGUACGCGAUAUGCUGCGGGAUUUGGUAAUGGAAUUAAAUGACAUCAAAGAAAAGGAAAAGCAGUUAUCACAGAAAAUAAAGACUUAUUCCGAUGAUGAAUGGGCAAAGACAUUUGGUGAAAUCAAUCACAAAAAGGAUUUUAUUAAUAAAUGCUUGUCAGAAAUCACAGAUUCACAUGUUGGUGAGUUAAGAAUGCUUAUGGCAAAGAGAGCUGCGAAGAGGCUUCGCUUGAAAAGGCGCAACACUGAAAGAAAGAGGGAAAAAGAGGAGAGAAUCCAACAGUUGAAGGAGAAGUCCAGGAAGAUAGAUGAGAAUCUGCAAAAGAUAAAGGACAGCAUCAAUAAAGCCAAACAAGAAGAAGAAGCGAAAUUGCAAGCAGACAUGGUUUUGAAAGAAGUUGUACGUAAGAAACAAGAUGCGAGGAAAUUCAUUAAUAAGUUUGACGCACUGAAGAAGCUACGGAAGGCACGUCAUAACACAGCCAAGGGCAGGGGAGAAGAUGUGUCUGAAAAGGAGUCCGAAGAUUUUAUGACGAAAAUAGAUAAUCUAAAAGCCUUGUGGAUUCAGAAACUCUCUGAUUAUGAAAGAGAAGAAGCAGAUCUCCAGAAAAAGUUAAGUGAAAGUAACGAUAAGAACACAGAAGUUAAUGAAACUGAGAAAAUUAUCACUUCCAAUUUGGAACAAUGGAGGGAGGAACUUUUCGGUGAAAAGGAUUUAGCACCACAAUUUGACUUCAAUGGAGACUUGGGAAGAUUUGUGGAAGUUAGGCUUUCCUUACGGAUGGAAGAGGAGGGCCGUGACCCACCACGCGGGCCCAGUGCGGAUUGGCGGGUGCUUACGACUGCAGAUGCAGCCGGGACCAACAGCUUAACGGGCCUUCCGAAGCACGGAGAUCGAGAUAGUGAAUUUGGUCACCCAUCCAAUGACCGACCACUGCGAAAGUUUCUUAACUUCAAUGAUCGCAGCCGAACGCGCUUACUACCUGCGCCAUCGAGCUCCUCAAUUUUUAAUUUAACUUAACAAAAUUAACACCCAGAUCAAAGUGGGACCAGUACGUAAGCACUGAAGGAUCUCCCAUACCAGUCGGUUGGGUGUUUUCUUCAAACCACCAUGAAUUGUAGCCGUUCUUUGCCAUGAUUUACUUGAGUCAAUUUAAAAAAAUAUCCAAAUUGAUAUAGUUUUCAAAUACUUAUGUACAUACGUAGUUUUAUAUAUAUUUGUUUUUUAUACAAGUACGCGGCCU